CUUGUCCUAGUUUAUGGAAUUUAAAAAAAAGUUUACAUUUUUUUAAUGGAAAAUAUGGAGGUUCCUUUAACUGAAGGAAACAAAACAGCACAAACUGAGAAAUUUGAUUUUAUAAAGACUCUUUGUAGAUUAUGCUCAGUGGAGUGUAACUCAAGAUCGAAAAGUAUAUUUCAACGAAAAAUUCUUGAAAUGAUAGAAUUUUGUUUUUCUCUUCAUCCAAGUCAAACUGAUGGACUGCCAAAACGUAUAUGCUCAACAUGCUUUGAAUCUCUGACCAACAGUUAUCUGUUCAAAAUACAAGUUGAGGCAACAGAUACUUUGUUGAAGGAAAAAAUGAAAGCACUUGUUUCAAACCAAGACAUACUUGAUAUUGCUCUAAAUGAGGCUGAAAUCAAAGAUAUACAGGGUGAAAUGAUCUCAACAGAGAAUUCAACGAGAGUUCUAGAGAAUAUUCCUUCAAGAAGUAUGUAUAACAAGAUUGGAUCUGUUAAGCUCAAUGAAGUGUCAUUACCAGUGGAAGACAUUCAAAAUUGUUCUGCGAGUUUGAAGGAAGAAAAUUUCAAAGUGAAGGUUAUUGAAGAGGAUAAACAAACUCCAGAACAAAUCAUUUAUAAUAUUGAUCUUCCACCAUUGAUACCUAUAAAACCUUCGGAAAAUGCUGAAAGAAUUAUUAUAAAUCAAGUUCUUCCUCAAGAAAUACCACCCCUAGUACCUCUCAAGUCGAUUUGUCAUGAACCUUUAUCUUUGAAAGAUUCAGUAGAAUCUUCAGAGCAUGAAAACAAUGAUGAGAACGUUAAGUUAGAUAUGUCUCAAAAAAAUUAUAAAGAAAUAUGCGAAUCAUCCAAGUCUUUAUUCUGCAAUAUUUGUAGAAAAGAAUUCAAAGAUGGCAAAAAACUUAUUGGACAUUUAAAAGGUCACAUGGUUCCAAAAAAUUUUGCUUGUAAAAUUUGUGGAAAAAAAUAUCCCAGCCAUAGUACUUUCCAAAUACAUAUGAGGUCUCAUACUGGGGAAAGACCAUUUAAAUGUCCUGUUUGUGAUAAAGGUUUCACACGAUGGGCUGGAGUUGUUAGCCACAUGCAAACACAUGAGGACAAUAGACCUUUUAAAUGCAAUUUUUGCAAUCAGUCAUUCAAAAUUGUAUCAAACUUGGAAAGACAUAAAGUGUUACAUUCUGGGGUACUACCAUUUUGCUGCAACUAUUGUGGUAAUACAUUUAGUCAGUCAGCCAAUCUGCAAUUGCAUAUAAGGACAUACCAUACAAAUGAGAGACCUUAUUUGUGUUCCGAGUGUGGUAAAGGUUUCGUUUCAUCAUCAAGACUUAAUCGUCAUAUGUGGGUUCAUUCAGGUUACAAGCCGUUCCUAUGUAAGAUAUGUUCUAAAGCUUACUCAAACUCUGGUGAUUUGAGAAAUCACGAAAGUGGCGCACAUGGCGAUGGAGAUUUCGAAAAACCCUUUACUUGUAAAUUAUGUGACAAAAGUUUCUUGUAUUCAUGUCGUCUAAGGAAACAUUUGAAAACGCAUCAGAGACCUUUAGCAUGUAACCAGUGUAGUAAGACUUUCCGCUCAGGUGAUAUCUUAGAACAACAUGUAAGAAGUAAACACUCGGAAGUUCCUUGUUCAGAAAACAAAGAUUGAAUAAAUGAUAUCUUUGAAGAAUUGAA